AUGGCCACCACAAACCUCCCCACAACCAUCCGAGCGGUCUACCAGAUCGAUCCCAAACUUACAACGCUCAAGUUGAUGGAGACUCCUCUGCCCAAACCCACGGGCCCAAACGAUCAUCUCAUCAAGAUCAAAGCCACAGCACCCUGCCUGGGCGAACUAGGCUGGGAAAUCAACUACCCGUCUAUAUUCCCGCCAAACCGGGAGCGUGUUCCUGGAACGGAGGCUGCCGGUAUUGUCGCUACGUCGCCUCCUUCGAGCCCUUUCAAGCCUGGUGAUGAGGUGUACUUUCGUCUUCACGCCAAAUACCCCGGCUGUCUGCGCGAGUACACGAUUGUGCACACGGAGGAGCUGGCGCUGAAGCCCAAGACGCUGGACUGGAUUGAGGCUGCCGCCACGCCGCUCAGCACAUUGACUGCAUGGCAGGGACUCUUUACCCAGGGAAUCUUGAACAAGCACGGAAUCAAGGGCGAUGCCGAUGCGCGGGCUCACAACAGCAAGUUGCGCGUCCUCGUCACCGGCGCCGGCGGCAGCGUCGGAACUUGGGCGGUUGAGUUUGCAGCCGCUGCCGGGGCUGGUGCAGUCGUCGCCCAGGUCAGCGGCGCAAACAUUGAGGCUGCAAAGAAGGCCGGCGCAACGGAGAUUAUCGACUACAAGAAGCAGUCCAUCGAGGAGUGGGCAAGAGAGGAUGCAUCCCGCGAGGUUGACCUGGUGCUGGACUGCCUUGGCGGACCGACGCUGGGAUCGUGCUGGGCUGCGGUCAAGGAGGGCGGUGUUUUGCUGAGUAUUGUUGGUUCGCCGGAGGAGUCGAAGCCGGAGGGCGUGAACAAGGCGCUGGCAAAGGCCACUUGGUUUUUGAUGGACUGCAGGGGUGAUGAUUUGAAGGAGAUUGCGGACUUUAUUGAUGAGAGGGGGUUGAAGCCGCAGAUUGACAGUGUUGUUGAGUUUGAAGAGUUUCAGGCUGCGUAUGACAAGGUUGAACAAAAGAAGGCAAAGGGCAAGGUUGUGAUCAAGGUCGAUCGGUUCUAG